GUUGACCAUCUCUGGCUCUGCGUUUCAUCAUCUAUGAACCACACCACUUCUUCUCACAUCAUGCUCACCUCAACGUUCUCGAUCCAAGAAGCUACAGGUUGAAGACAUUAGGCUUGCUUUCAAGGAGAAACGAGUUAGAUCAAAGCAGCUCGUAGAGUUCUAGGAAUCGUUGUGAAUCAUUAUGGGGAAAGAGACUAGGAAUCGUUAUGAAGCAUUCUCGUCUUGAUCAUCACAUUGAAAUAUUAAGAUAUAGCUUAUUUGAAAAAAUAACGGACUGCAUUGUUAAAAAGCUAUUAUAUUUAAACCAAGAAAUUCAUCUCAACGUAUCACUGUGAGCUUUUAGUUUAUGCAACUUGAUAUAAUGGCUAAUCGCAACCCUUGUUUUUAAUCAACGGCCAUUAACAUCUCUUGCUCUCAAUGGUGGCAAAUAAACAAACACUUUGUUAAUUGUAUUUAACUUUUAAUUAGGGGGUGUCAGUGGGAGUUACAUUUAUGAUGAUUGUUAGAAUUUAUAGAAUCUAGUGUUAUUGGUUUACACAUUCUCACGUUCUCAUUAAAAUCUAGUGUUAUUGGUUUCAUGAUUUAGUAAUUCUAUACACAAUCUUUUGUUAUUCAAAAAGUCUAGAUUUUAAUGAUUCUUUAAAUCUAUUAAAGUUGGUGUUAUUGGGAGUUGUAUUCUUCGAUCAUCGUGAGAACGAAGCAACCUGCUGCUUGGCGUUGACCAUUUUUUCUCUGCGUUUCAUCUUCUUACAUCAUGCUCACCUCGACGUUCUCGAUCCAAGAAGCCACAAUCCAAGACAUAAGACUUGCUUUCAACGAGAAACGACUUACAUCAAAGCAGCUCGUCGAGUUCUACCUCGAAGAGAUCUCCAACCUCAACCCGAUACUCUUUGCAGUCAUCGAGACCAAUCCAGACGCGUUGAUCCAAGCAGAGAAAGCAGACAGAGAACGCGAGGUGAAAGACGUGACCACUGAGCUUCCUUUCUUGCACGGUGUUCCGAUUCUCCUCAAAGAUUUAAUCUCCACCAAGGACAAGCUUAACACCACGGCUGGUUCCUUGGCCUUGUUUGGUUCCGUCGUGCCUCGAGACGCGGGUGUUGUGAAGAGACUGAGAGAUUCAGGUGCUGUGAUCUUGGGCAAAGCGAGCUUAAGCGAAUGGGCUCAUUUCAGAUCUUUCGCUAUCCCAAGUGGCUGGAGCGCACGUGGUCUCCAAGGAAAGAAUCCAUACGUUUUAACAGCAGAUCCGUGUGGGUCAAGUAGUGGUUCAGCUAUAUCCGUGGCGGCUAAUCUUGUGGCUGUGUCACUUGGGACUGAAACCGAUGGUUCCAUCCUCUGUCCAUCGAGUCAGAACUCGGUGGUCGGGUUUAAACCGACUGUCGGGCUGACUAGCCGAGGCGGUGUUGUUCCUGUCUCCUUGAGACAGGACAGUGUAGGGCCGAUAUGUAGGACAGUUUCGGAUGCUGUUAUUCUCCUUGAUGCUAUUGUGGGUUAUGAUCCCUUGGACGAAGCCACGAAGACUGCAUCCCAGUUCAUACCCAAAGGCGGUUACAAGCAGUUUCUGACAGCUAGUGGCCUUAAGGGGAAGAGACUAGGGGUCGUUAUGAAGCAUUCUCUUCUUGAUCAUCCCAUUGAAAUGUUAAGACGAGAAGGCGCCACCGUCAUUGAAGAUCUGUCGAUACCGAACAUGGAAGUCAUUAAGGAUUGGACUAAGAGCGGUGAAAGGACAGCACUCUUGGCUGAGUUCAAGAUGUCACUCAAUGCAUAUCUUAAAGAUCUUGUGAAGUCACCCGUCAGGUCCUUAGCAGAUGUUAUUGCUUACAACGAGAAAUUCGCUGAAGAGGAAAAGGUGGAAGCCACCAAAGUUCAAAGCUCAAGGCACGCAACGAAAACAAAGUUGCUGUUAUCUAUAAAGAUUAUCUUUGUAAAUGUACAUUUAUUUGGUGAGUGGAAACAACUUACAUAAACUUUAUCACUGUUCGAUAUAAGCUUAAACACUAAGCUUAGGGGAGAAGUCUGAGCUUACAAAAGGAGCUGAAAACUCAUCGAAACAAGCCAUUCUGAUACGCUCUGGAGUGGCUGGAGUCUCCAGAGGGAACCACUUGGUGAGACCCACCUCGGUUCUAGCAGCUUUGAUGGCUUCCUUGAUCGCAAAGAAGACUGAUGAUGCAAGAAAGAACGGUGGCUCACCUACUGCUUUAGAUGAAUGAAUCGCCUUUAAGUUCG